AUGUCCCGCAUUCCACCCUUAUGCCCCCCUUUCGGUUCCUCACCCACGUGCCCCGCGAUCUCAUCCGCCUGCCUGUCUGGCUCCCCCGUGCGCCCCCACCCACCAUCCCAUGAUCCCUCUGCCUGCCUGUCUUCUCCCAUGCGCGCGGCAGCAUGGUGGUGCGGGCAGGGCGCGCUGACGGCGGCGCUGCUGGCGGCGGUGGCUGUGGCGGGCUGCGUGGCCUUUCUGCACCUCGCCUCGCACCGCCGCAUGGACGCAUUGCUGCAGCAACUGCAAGCCCUGCAGCCCUUUGGGCUGGCGGGUGCCUCCCUGGCAGGUGCUGCACUGAUAGGCGGUAUUCAGGCCGGUGCUGCUGCCCUGACAAGGCAAAAGGGGCGGCCAGGCGGAGGGCGUGGGGGAGCAGGGGUGGCCGGUGAUGGGGGGAGUGAGGUGGAGGGGGUGUGCGGGGGACGGGGACGCAUGCCACACUGCCUCGGGUGGGUUUCCUGUGCUAACCCAGCAGGCAUGGAGGGCCAGGGUAAAGGGGAGGCGGAGGGGGAGUAUCUUCUGGUGCAGCUCCGAGGGGGGCUCAACCAGAUGCGCGCAGGGGUUCCCCACUGCCCUCUCUGCUUCCCCCCAAUGCCCUCUCUGCUUCCCCCCAAUGCCCUCUCUGCUUCCCCCCACUGCCCUCUCUGCUUCCCCCCACUGCCCUCUCUGCUUCCCCCCAAUGCCCUCUCUGCUUCCCCCCACUGCCCUCUCUGCUUCCCCCCACUGCCCUCUCUGCUUCCCCCAAUGCCCUCUCUGCUUCCCCCCACUGCCCUCUCUGCUUCCCCCCACUGCCCUCUCUGCUUCCCCCCCCUGCCCUCUCUGCUUCCCCCCAAUGCCCUCUCUGCUUCCCCCCACUGCCCUCUCUGCUUCCCCCCAAUGCCCUCUCUGCUUCCCCCCACUGCCCUCUCUGCUUCCCCCCAAUGCCCUCUCUGCUUCCCCCCACUGCCCUCUCUGCUUCCCCCCAAUGCCCUCUCUGCUUCCCCCCACUGCCCUCUCUGCUUCUCCCCUACUGCUUCCAAUGGCCAUUGUUUAUCUCCCUACCCCGUCCACCUCCCUGUCGUUCCCCCUCUCUUUCCCCCACCUCCUCCCUCCCUCCCUGGUCCCCAUGCAGAUCUGCGAUGCAGUGGUGGUGGCGAGUCUUCCCCCUCCCCCACUCCCCACCUUCUCCUCCCCCACAUCCCCCCUCCUUCCCUGGUCCCCAUGCAGAUCGGCAACGCCAUGGUGGUGGCGAGGAUGCAGGCGCCAUCCCCCCUUCAUCUCCCCACCCCGUCCUACCCCCGUGCCUUCCCCACCCCGCAUCCUCGCCUGUAUGAUGGCAGAUUUGCGAUGCAGUGGUGGUGGCGAAGAUGCUCGGGGCGACCCUGGUGCUGCCGCUGCUUGAUAACUCCUCCUGGUGGGCCGACGGCAGCGCCUUUUCCAACGUGUUUGGCGCGCCUCACUUCAUCUGCUCCCCCUUUCGUGCCCAGGCGUGUUGUGAGUCAACUCAAAACACUCCUUUCCACCCCCUCACCUCCCCUCACUCCCCCAAGCAGCACAUUCUCCGACGUGUUUGACGCACCUCACUUCAUCAGCACGCUCGCCCCCUCAGUGCGCGUGGUGCCACGCCUACCUGCCACGCUCACAGACCUGCCCCCUGUCGUGCGCACCGUGCCCAAAGCCUCCUCGCCGGACUAUUAUCUGAAGCGCGUGCGCCCUCUCAUCAGAGACUUGCCUCCAGUUGUGCGCACAGUGCCAAAAGCCUCCUCGCCGGACUACCACACCAAGCACGUGCGCCCGCUCAUCAGGACCUGCCUCCACUGUCCCCAACCAAAGCCUCCUCGCCGGACUACCACACCAAGCACGUGCGCCCACUCAUCAGGUGGGUGGGCGGCCGUUGGGUUGCCUCGAUUCCUUUCAUUGCGCGUGGUGCCACGCCUACCUGCCACGCUCAGUGACCUGCCCCCUGACGUGCGCACCGUGCCCAAAGCCUCCUCGCUGGACUACUACACCAAGCACGUGCGACCGCUUAUCAGGAGGGCGCAGGUGCUGAAGCUGAACCACUUCAAGUUCAAGCUCAACUAUAGCCUCCCUGCACCCCUGCAGAAAUUACUCGAGCCCUCCCCUCUUUCCCCUCCCCCUUUACAAAAUCCCCCUUCUCCCUCUGCCAUCCUCUCCCUUCUCACACAUCAGCUUCGCUGUAAAGCCAACUACGAGGCACUUCGCUUUGUACCAGCAGUCACUCAAGCCGUAGCCCGCCUCACCCUCGCCCUCACCCACCCCUCCCCCCUUGCCGCCUCCGCUUCCAUUUCCCCUGGCUCUCCUGCUGCUGCUCCUGCUACUGCUUCAUCUCCUGCGUCUGCUGCUGAUUAUGCUGGUGCCGCUGGUUCUGCUGGUCCUGCUGGUCCUGCUGCUGCUGUGGCAAGUUGUGUUGGUGAAGGGGCAGGGCAUGGGCUACAAGUGAAGAAAGAGCAGAGAGAUGAGAGGGACGUGGGGAUGCAGGCGGAGGGGAGUGGCGAGGCAGUCAAGUAUGUGGCGCUGCAUUUAAGGUACGAGCCUGACAUGCUCGCAUUCACUGGGUGUGACUAUGGCGGAGGCGGGAAGGAGAGGAGGCUGUUUGAGGGGAUCAGAAAGAGGUGGCCGGAGCUGCCCCGACAGGACCCCAAGCAGCAGAGGGCCAAGGGCAAGUGCCUCGUCACUCCCUCGCAGGUGGCAGUGGCCCUACAAACGUUAGGCUUCCCGCCAUCCACGCACCUCUACAUCGCAUCAGGCGAGCUGCACGGGGGGCCCUCCGCCCUGCGCCCUUUGCUCAAGGCCUUCCCCCUUGCCACCGACAAAUACUCCCUCGCUCGUUCCCUCGCUCCUGCUGGGGGGAAGGAGGGCAGGGUGGCCGACAGGGAUGGGUAUGACGGCAUGGUUAGCACGGUGCAGCUGUUUGGCUCCUCCAUCCUGCGCCUCCUCGCUGCCAUCCAGCAAGGCGAUGUGAAGAGCUCUCCUAUAUCCGUGUCCUUCUAA